AGCACAGUGCUCUCAGGAGGGUGUGUGACGCGCGGCCCAGCACCCUCGACCGUGUCCGCCUGACUGACAGGUGACCUCACUUGCUCGGGAUUUUACCUGCCUUCGGCCCCGACCUCCGCCCGUGUGAUCGUGGAUUAUAUGUUGUGCCGUUCAGAUAAUGACCAGCUGGCAGUGGCCAGGAGUGUGAAGUUGCAGUGAGCAGCCACCCCGGCGGUGGUCGUCAAUGCUGUACACGGACCAGCGUCAGGACAAGAUGGCUUUAGUCGUGCCCCCCGGGUCCACGUGGCGAGACCCGCCCGUGUCUCUGCCGCCCACCACGGGGGAAGACGUGACCCGCGAGUUGGGCGCGAGUGUCACCCCGCAGCCCAAUGCCCCUCAGACGCCCACGCCCAACUCGACGGCGGGCAGCGCGCCCUCGUCUGCCCCAAGCCCCACUGGCGACGACAAGAACGCUCAGAACAUGACCUGCGUCGUGUGCGGCGACAAAAGCUCAGGGAAACACUAUGGCCAGUUCACCUGCGAAGGGUGCAAGAGCUUCUUCAAACGAUCAGUCCGCCGGAAUCUGCAAUAUUCGUGCAGGGGCAACCGAAACUGCCCCAUCGACCAACACCAUCGUAAUCAGUGUCAAUACUGUCGUCUCAGAAAAUGUUUUAAAGUCGGAAUGAGGAGAGAAGAAAAAAAUAAUGGGCAGCACCUCCUUCUCAUCAGCAGCUCAAACUACUCCCUCGACAAGCUGCCGGCCGAACAAGCGGUCCAGCGCGGGCGCAUCCCCCCGUCGCAGGGCAUGGGGAUGCCGGGCCAGUUCAUGGCCAACGGGGACUCCCUGAACGGCCACACGUACCUCUCGUCGUACAUCUCCCUCCUGCUACGCGCCGAGCCCUUCCCCACCUCGCCCUACGGCCAGUGCAUGAACGCCAACAACAUCAUGGGCGUGGACAACAUCUGCGAGCUGGCGUCGCGGCUGCUCUUCUCCGCCGUGGGCUGGGCCAAGAACAUCCCCUUCUUCCCGGAGCUGCAGGUGACCGACCAGGUGGCGCUGUUGCGGCUCGUCUGGUCCGAGCUGUUCGUGCUCAACGCCUCCCAGUGCUCCAUGCCGCUGCACGUGGCGCCCCUGCUCGCCGCCGCGGGCCUGCACGCCUCCCCGAUGGCGGCCGACAGGGUGGUCGCCUUCAUGGACCACAUCCGCAUCUUCCAGGAGCAGGUCGAGAAGCUGAAGGCGCUGCACGUCGACUCGGCAGAGUACUCGUGUCUCAAGGCGAUCGUCCUCUUCACCUCAGGUAAGUGCGGCGCCCCUGCCCCUGUCUGCUCUGGGUCGGCGCGGCCCCUGCUUGGGUCCGCUUGGAUGGGGCCUCCUCGGGUGUCUCCACGCCCCCGAGGACAGAUUUUCCUUUCUUUUCUUUUUCAUUCCUUCCCCCCCCCCCUAUUUUUUUCUUUUUUUUUUCCUAAUCCGAUUGGAACAAAGGAACCCCUGUUUUGGAAAUAGAGGCUGCGGACUCAGGUGCCUAAUUAUGUUGACCCUUUCUGGCACUGGAGCGUUCAACAACACGCCCACGCUAGGACGCCCAAACAGGCGCAACAUGGCCGCGUACGAACCCGACCCCCCCAAAAAAAA